ACACCUGCUUCUGGGAUCACGAGGAGUAGACCUACCGCAGAUUUCUCAGAAGUUAACAUCAUUGAGUGCUCGACGUACGUUUGAGCCUUUAGAUCCAAUUGCCGAUACUGAUAUCGUAAGCUACUUGAGAAAUGAGAAGGAGAAUGCUAUACUUUCGAUCAUCGAGCAGGUGCACAAAGAUACAUUCGAGCUUAACCGUGUUCAGCAACUGGAGCAUAUGUUGGGCGAAUGGAAGCAGAUGCGAUUCGAAAUAAUGAACGCAAUGACAGCUCCUUCUGGAGAAUUAGUAGAUUUACGAGGGAUCCCGCAGCGUACCAAAUUAGCUGGAUCAAUCGUUAGCGGACUUUCUAAUGUGGAAGUGGCAUAUUCUAAAGAACUACGGAAUUACAACGAUCACGUUUUGCGCGGAAUAACUAGACCAAGCCUUUUCGUAGCUUUUUCUAAAGUGGCGGAGUCUUUUAAUGACAAAAAGGUUUCUGACAUAUGGCAGAUGGUGAAGUGUCUGGUUGAAAUACCGCCAACUCCACGAGGAGACCAGAUAAAAUCCCGAAGUAGCACUAUUGUCCAACAGAAAAUUGUUAAUCAAGCUAGAAAAUACCUUGAAAACAGAUACCGGGAUUUUAUGAAUUCUGUAAUAAGUGAAAACUUGGUGCAAGCCAAACGUGGAGGCAUUCCAGGAACGUUGCCAUUAGUGAAAAGUUUCGUAGGUGUGAAAUUACUAGUCACGAGAGAUUUAGAAGACGUACGAGUUGACGAUAAACCUUUAUGGCCUCUGGUUUACUAUUGCAUGAGAUGUGGUGAUUUUAAGGCUGCCUUGCAAUGUCUAGAACAGGUUGAUACAGCCUUUCAAGAGUUCAAAUCGGCUCUUGAGGAAGCGGCCGAUGACCCGCAACGCAAACCAAGUAGUCGAGCAGAAUCCAUUUUGAAAUUACACUACAGGAAGCAUGUUCGGUCGGCGACAGAUCCAUACAAAAGGGCUGCGUAUUGCGCUUUAGUACCCUGUGAACCUGAUGAUCUUCACUCUGAAGUAAUGUCUACGGCCGAUGAUUACCUUUGGUUGAGGUUAUGUCAGGUCAGAGAUCAACCUGAUGGAGAAAACAAAUUAACCUUGGCUCAUCUGCAAACUACAAUUUCUGAGAUUUAUGGCGAAUCUUACUAUCAUGCUCAUGAACAACCGUUUUUAUAUUUUUCGAUGCUCUUUUUAACUGGGCAAUUCGAGUCUGCAAUUGAAUUCUUAGCAAGAGGGGCUGGAGCAAGACAUUUGCCACAUGCGGUACACUUGGCUGCCGCUAUGCACGAACAUGGUUUACUUGCAGUAAGUCAAAGUGUUCUAGCACCGCUGAUCAGCGUAGAUCCUAUUGAUGAGCCCCCAGCAAAAAGGUUGAAUUUUGCACGGCUUAUCCUGCUCUACGUUAAGAGAUUCGAAUCCUCCGAUCCGAAAGAAAGUCUCCAAUAUUUAUUCCUUUUAAGAUGCAUGAAGGAUCCUUACGAAAGAAACAUGUUUGCUGCUUCGGCAGCGGAAAUGGUUGUUGAAGCAACAUCAACAACUCGAGCAGUGCUUGUUGGAACAAUCGAUAAGGAUUGUAGACAUCCUGGCAUGUUGGAUCAAUUUCAAAUCAAUACUGAAGAUGUAAUAAACAUCUGUGCUGAAACACUGUAUCGUAAAGGACUCUUAGAGGAUGCAGUAACAAUGUAUGAUCUGGCUGGCAACCACGAGAAAGUAUUGACCUUGAUGAACACUUUGUUGGCACAAGUAGUCAGUCAGAAGGGGAUUCCAGGAUCGUUAAGAUCUCGUCUUCAAGCUGCAGCCUCGGAUAUUAGCGCAAGGUAUCAGGGUGUGGCGAUACAAGCGACUGCCGAAUCCGUAGCAACCUUUUAUACAUUGCGGGACUUAAUGGUCUUCUUCGAUCAAUUUCACAACGAACAACAUCAAAGUGCUUUACGAAUAAUCGGCGAUUCGAAAUUGCUCCCUCUCCAAGUAAAGGAAGUGGAUGAACGCGUAACUGCUCUUCGUCGAGUUUCUCCUGAAAUCAUUGGUACACUGGCUGAUGUUCUGUUAGCGACAAUGACUAUUCUUUAUCAGCAGUACCAAAAAUUGAGAGCUUCAGAGCCUGGAGAUGAAAUUGCUCGAGAACAGCAACUACUCGAUCUUCGGGAGCAUGCCAGGGCUUUAACCAGCUUCGCAGGAACUCUUCCUUACCGAAUGCCUAAUGAAACGAAUAGUAGACUUGUUCAAAUGGAGAUACUUAUGCAUUAAUUUGUUCCAUACCAUUUUAUUUUUUUAUAUAUAAAGUACAGUUUACAUUGUCAUUGAGUAGAAUAUUAUUAGAUUGAUUAUUAUUAUAAUUAAACUGAUUAAACAGAUGAUCAGCAGUUUUCUUUUGUCACUUAAAUGUUGAAAUGAAAUAUAUGUAUACGCAUUAAGAUAUAAAUUGUGAAUCACUCGUUGCCAUACAAAAUUAUUACUUUGUUUAUUGUAUUUAACUAAGCGCUUAUUCAUUUAAUUUUUAUAAUGUUCCAUGCAGAAUUUGAC